UGUCGACAUCGAUUUUUUCUCAACUCUAGUUGUAUACCAAUUAUAUAAAGUAUGGAGACUUAAUAUUUAGUGAUUUCUUCAUUAAUUUAUUUAUAAUUUGGUAUGCCUAAAUUGUAAAAAAAAUUGGCACAACAAUGUUUUCUCGGUUGAAUUUGCUGAGGUCUACACGUCACUACGUUGUACGGGCUAGAUGUGUAACAUCAAGUUUUAAGUCCCUAUCAACAUUUGUAAAGACAUCUGCUGCUAAAGCUAAGAAACCCAAAUUAUUACAUAGGCAGGUUAUUGCGCCGCAUGUAAGUUAUAAACGUAAUAGCAGGUAUACCGAGGGAAAUGUAUAUCAUGGUUUUCGGUGCGAACGUGUUGAGCAUGUUUCUGAAUUUGAUCUUACAUCCUAUACGCUACGUCAUGAAGGAACUGGAACGGAGUUUUGGCAUAUCGACCGAAAUGACGCAAAUAACGUAUUUUCUAUAAAUUUUCGAACAACUCCUUUCGAUUCUACUGGACUUUCUCAUAUUUUGGAGCACUUAUCGUUAUGCGGUUCAAAAAAGUAUCCUGUCCGGGAUCCAUUCUUUAAGAUGAUUAACCGCUCGGUAGCAACGUUUAUGAAUGCGAUGACAGGUCCGGACUAUACUAUAUACCCUUUUUCCACUAUGAAUGAGAUAGAUUUUAGGAAUUUGCAGCGAAUUUACUUGGAUGCUGUCUUCAGGCCAAAUCUUACCUAUUUGGAUUUUCUUCAAGAGGGAUGGAGGCUAGAAAACAAAGAUAUACAUGAUCAAAGCUCACAGCUUGUUAUAAAAGGAGUAGUUUAUAAUGAAAUGAAGGGUGUCUUUUCUGAAAAUGCAGAAGCUUUCAGUCAAAAACUUCUCAAUAAUUUAUUUCCUGGCCACACGUAUGGCCAUGUGUCUGGAGGAAAUCCUUUGGAUAUACCUAAAUUAAAUCACACUGAUUUGAUUGAGUUCCACAAAAAAUAUUAUCACCCAAGUAACUCUCGGAUAUAUUCCUACGGAACAUUUGAUCCAACUAAAACUCUUGAACUUCUCGAUAAGGAGUACUUAUCAGAAGAAUGUUGGAUUGACAUCUCAUACAGUCGAAUACCUCAGCAAAAGCGAUGGACACAGCCCCGUAAUGUACACAUCUCUGGUAGGCUAGAUAAUAUGGGCGCCGUAAUUGACAGGCAAAACCAAAUCGCUAUUGCUCUGUUGAUGUGUGAUGCGACCAACAUACAAGAGAAUUUUGAACUACACGUUCUGUCUGAGGUACUACUUCGUGGACCAAACUCGGCAUUCUACAAGAGUCUUAUUGAACCAAAUUUUUCCGGGGGUUACAACCAAAGUACGGGAUAUUCAUCGGGUACUAAGGAUACAACUUUUGCAGUGGGACUACAAGACGUUCGAGUUGAAGACUUUUCUAAAUUCAUCGACAUUUUUGCUAAAACAGUUUCUAACGCUAUGAAGGAAGGGCUGGAUUCGCAGCAUGUUGAAAGUGUUUUGCACAACCGUGAGUUGUCACUAAAACACCAAAGUCCCCAUUUUGGAAAUACCUUGUUGUUCAAUUCCACGGCCUUGUGGAAUCAUGAAGGCGACGUAGUGAGUAACCUCCGCGUGUCAGAUAUGAUAUCACGUCUGCGAGAAAGCCUAAGCGAAGACAAUAGGCAUUUCCAAAACAAAAUAGAGAAAUAUUUCAUCAAUAACACUCAUAGACUUAUAUUAACUAUGUCGCCUGAUGAGUUAUACGAGGACAACUUUAAAAAGGCUGAAUUAGAGUUGCUAGAGCACAAAGUAAAAGACUUCAAUAAAGAAAAGUUACAAAAAAUAUUUGAGAAUGGGUUAACCUUGGAUGCAUUUCAAAAGGCUAAAUCAAAUAUCGAAAUUUUACCGUGUCUUACAAUGAGUGAUGUGAGAGAGCCACCCAAAUGGCCAAAGUUGUUUAUUCAAAAUAUUCAUAAUAUAAAGACCCAGAUUUGCACAGUUUCAACAAAUGAUAUUACAUAUUUAAAGUGUUUGUUCAAUAUAUCAGAUUUAAAUGAUGAAGAAAUACAGCUUUUGCCGUUGUUUUGCAAUGUUGUGAGUGCUAUGGGUACUGCGAAGUAUAAUUAUCGGGAGUUCGAUAAGCUCGUUCUUUCAAAAACCGGUGGUAUCGAUUUGGAGUUGAAUUUGAUUGAAGAUGUGAAGGAUGCAGCUAGUUACAAACUCAGCGUAAUGAUGACCACCCAUGCACUAGAUAAAAAUGUUCCAGAGAUGUUUUGCUUAUGCCAAGAGUUAUUUCAAAAUUUUAAAUUUGACAAUUUUGUUCAUCUUAAGAUGCUUAUUGAAAACUAUAUAUCCAAUACGUCUGUAGGAGUGGUAAAUUCUGGUCAUUUAUAUGCUAUGUUAGGAGCGACUGCAUUAGUUAGUAACGCUGGGAAAUUAAAGUCCCAAUUAUCCGGUGUAGAUCAUAUAGCAUUCAUGAAAAAUUACGUACAACUAUCUAAAAUUCCGGAAAUUGCUCAUAAAUUAACAUUAAUUGGACCAAAGGUGUUUAACAAGUCUAAUAUGCAGGGGUCCAUUAACAGUUCAAAGUAUUUUCUGCCAUCGGCUUUGGAUUGUUACAAAACUUUCGUAGAAACAUUUCCAACAUUUGAAAAAACAAAGAUACGUAAUAAUAUUAAUUUUACCGAACCUAGCUGUCAACAUUACUCAAUGAAUAUUCCAGUCAACUUCUGCGCAAAAUCUUUUUUCACAGUUCCAUAUCUGCAUAAAGACCACCCAAUACUUCGAAUUUUGGCCAAAUUAGUAACAGCCAAAUAUCUUCUACCGGUGGUUCGCGAGCAAAAUGGAGCUUAUGGAUCUGGUGCAACGAUUAGUUCUAGUGGAAUUUUUAGCUUUUAUAGCUAUCGGGACCCGCAUUCAACUAAAACGCUUGAAGUGUUUGAGAAAACUUAUGACUGGCUACGAUCCGAAAAAAAUUUAAUUGAUCAACAAUCUUUAUUUGAAGCAAAGCUUGGAGUGCUGCAACAAUUAGACUCGCCUAUAGCACCUGGAAAUAUUGGCAUUGAUUAUUUUCUAUAUGAAAUAUCUCCUGCGUAUUCUGAGAAAUAUCGCUCUCAAAUACUGUCUAUAACUAUUGAUGACCUGCAAGACACUAUUGAAAAAUACUUUAAAAGUCCGGCAAAGCAUUAUGGAAAAUGCAUUUUGGGCCCAGUCCAUUCAAAUUUGGACUUGGAAACUAGUGAAAAGUGGAAAAUUAUUAAUUGACUUGAAUUAUUUUUUAAUGAGUAUGUUCCCUAAUAAUAAAUAUUAUAGUUGAAUCAAUAUUGCGUUUUAUUACAAUAAACAUUAAACUCACAUGUAGUCCGACGAUUUUGUAGAACUCCUAGCUACAAUAUAACUAUUUUCUAUUACAUAUUACCUAUUAGUUUAUAAAAUAAAGAAAUUUCAUUUUUAAAGCGUCUAAUACUCGUGGAACUAUUUUCAAUUUCAUCCUCCGUGUAUGAUUGUUAAUUUCAUAAAUUGAAUAUUAUGGGCCAAUAUUAUGAUCAGUAUCAAAAAUAGAGUUGACUUAGCUUAGGAACUAUAAGAGAUACAAAGUUGAGAUUAAGCAUGAAGAUUCUUGAGGUCCAUAAGCAGCGCAAGUUUAUUUCAGCAUCCUGACGCGCCCACUUUAACGUUUCUCUUUCAAAGCAAACGGUCGCUUUUUUGGCUUUUGCAUAAUCUCGAGCUUUUUACAAUCUUUGUAUUUAUUCUCGAACACCACGAUUUUGCUCUGAUAACGUUAUCUACUUCAAGAUGAAUGUAAGCAUAUAAGCAAAAUUGAAAAUAUGGAAAAUUGAUAUGCAAGCCAUACGGCAACACUAUUAGAUUAAAGUUGGCAGCUCUGAUCUGCCAUUAGGUGGUUGGCAGCUCAAGUCCUUAAAAGCUGAGGGAGUACAUGUGGCAGUGCUCUAGGAAUAAAACUGGCAGCCCUUUUUUAAACAGUUAAAUUUGAAUUUUUUUAAAGGUUUAAUUGUAAAGUUUGUGUCAUCUAUUCACAACAAACGUGUAUAACGAUCCCUUAAUUUUAGUUGAUGACAUAUGCUUGGCAAAAGCUAACAAGGCACUGGUGCAACUGGUAAAGCCAGUUCUAAUCCGACCAGCAAAUGAUCUGUACGAUUGUGAUGUGCAACGAGAAACAAACUUCGAUUCUGUCGAAGUCAAGACAUGCGUUGAUAUAUAUCUUCCGCAGUUGGUUCCAGAACAAAGCACUGCGUAUGACAUAAUUAUGAGUGCAAUCACAGAACAAUGCGGUGGACUGUUUUUCAUAGAUGCGCCCGGUGGUGCUGGUAAGCCUUUUCCUUUAUUGCUCAUGUUGCCAAUCAUACGAUCCCAAAUAAUAUAGCACUAGUCAUCGACUAUCUCUCUUCGAGUGCGGAAGUCGUUGUCUUCUUAAUUGUCAGUGGUUUUUGCAAUUUCGCUACUUCCCCUUUCGCUUAUUUUUUCGCUUCCCUUCUUUCUAUCGCGCACGUGUGUUUUUGCAUAUUUUUUCUCAAGUGCACAGCAAUAAUCUUUAUUAUGGCCCCUGGGCCACCCAAUCUUGGGGAUAACCACUUUGCCAGCCUUAGUGUUGGCCUCAAAGCAAAAAAAAAAAACCUAUCAAAGGUUAACUCCCGUCUACAAAUUCACGAAAAUUGUUGACGGCAAACCCAAACCUUCUGGAAAAAUAUUAGUUACUUUUGACUCCUACAAAAUACCAAGAAAGCUUGACGUCUCUUGGCACACCGUAAAGGUUAGGGAAUAUUUUCCUAAUCCUAUGAGGUGCAAGUCUUGUCAACUAUUGGGACACACAAUGAAACACUGCAAGAACACUGCAACUUGCGUUUCUUGUAACCUCUCCCCUCAUCUUCCAGUGCCCUGCACUCGCAUUUUUUGUGCAAACUGUAGCGCCGAUAUCCAGCCUCCUCUCCAAGAUGCCCAAAAUAUCAAUUCCAGAGAGAACUUCUCUGCAUAAAAACAAGCAAGAAAUGCAGCUUCCGUGAAGCCCGCAAUAUUUUACAACAAAUAAACAAUAACAACGCAUCGACUACCUUCGCUUCUGUCGCCAGCGCAGCAAGCCCUACGUCCACAACCGACCGAACCCAAAAUACGAUACCUACGAAAACAACAACAAACACAUUAACUCCGAAGCCCGAUAGUGUAACCAACACGACCUCUCCCACGAACAUGCCAAUCUCAUCUCUUUUAAAUUCAUACAAAUCUUUUCUCUCCACUGCACCCGACACACAAGACCCAAGCUCUUUAAUCAGCCCAAUCGAUCGCUCGCGGUCGAAUAUUAUUAAAGCUCUUAUUGAAGAAGCAAACAAAAUCAAAGUACCAGAAUCCCCAACUAACUCUAACGCCUUAAAUAUAUCAUCCAACUCAGAUUCAUCAAUGGAAACAUUGGAUUCAUAGUCCAUUCUUUCUCAUAGCAUUUCCAAUAUCCAACAGAAAUCUUAUUGAUUUAUUUUAAUAUAUGCCAAUUAAAAUAUUACGGCUUUUGAUUGUUACAAAACAUUCGUAAACAACAUUUGAAAAAACAAAGAUAUGUAAUAAUAUUAAUUUUACUGAACCUGGUUGUCGACAUUACUCGAUGAAUAUUCCAGUCAACUUCUGCGCAAAAUCUUUUUUCACAGUUGCAUAUCUGCAAAAAGACAACCCAUACUUCGAAUUUUGGCCAAAUUAGUAACAGCCAAAUAUCUUCUACCGGUGGUUCGCGAGCAAAAUGGAGCUUAUGGAUCUGGUGCAACGAUUAGUUCUAGUGGAAUUUUUAGCUUUUAUAGCUAUCGGGACCCGCAUUCAACUAAAACGCUUGAAGUGUUUGAGAAAACUUAUGACUGGCUACGAUCCGAAAAAAAUUUAAUUGAUCAACAAUCUUUAUUUGAAGCAAAGCUUGGAGUGCUGCAACAAUUAGACUCGCCUAUAGCACCUGGAAAUAUUGGCAUUGAUUAUUUUCUAUAUGAAAUAUCUCCUGCGUAUUCUGAGAAAUAUCGCUCUCAAAUACUGUCUAUAACUAUUUAUGACCUGCAAGACACUAUUGAAAAAUACUUAAAAAGAGCGGCAAAGCAUUAUGGAAAAUGCAUUUUGGGCACAGACAAUUCAAAUUUGGACUUGGAAACUAGUGAAAAGUGAAAAUUAUUAAUUGACUUGAAUUAUUUUUUAAUGAGUAUGUUCCCUAAUAAUAAAUAUUAUAGUUGAAUCAAUAUUGCGUUUUAUUACAAUAAACAUUAAACUCACAUGUAGUCCGACGAUUUUGUAGAACUCCUAGCUACAAUAUAACUAUUUUCUAUUACAUAUUACCUAUUAGUUUAUAAAAUAAAGAAAUUUCAUUUUUAAAGCGUCUAA